UAACUUACCUGCAGCUUCAAGUUACAACACUUGCUCUGUCCUCCGGUUGCAGCUGCUGACAAAUACAUACGUAUACACAUUCAUAUUUUCAUAUAUAUAUAUUUUGAAUGACAUCCAUGUGGCAGCUUCUCCUGGACGCCCCGGUAAAGCUGUCUUCCUCCUCGGCUUGACGAGCCAUGACUUCCCCGUCGACGGUUUGACCACUUUUCUGUUUAGCUUUCUUGGCGUGUUGCUCUGUUUGAAUCGAAGCGACGCGUUUCGACCACCGAGGUGUCAACCAUGAGGAGUCGCAGCAACUCGGGCGUGAAGCUGGACAACUAUGCCCGCAUGGUGCAGCAGACGAUCCUCAAGCACCAGGAUCCAGUGACGGGUCUGUUGCCGGGCAGCCCGGACCAGCCGGACGCCUGGGUCCGAGACAACGUCUACAGCGUCCUGUCGGUGUGGGCCCUCAGUCUCGCCUACAGGAAGAACGCUGACCGGGACGAAGACAAGGCCAAGGCCUAUGAACUGGAGCAGAGUGUGGUGAAGCUGAUGAGAGGAGUCCUCCAGUGUAUGAUGAGGCAGCUCGACAAGGUGGAGAAGUUCAAGUACAGCCGAAGCACCUCGGACUCGCUCCACGCCAAGUACAACACCAGGACCUGCGCUCCGGUCGUCGGGGACGACCAGUGGGGUCACCUGCAGGUCGACGCCACCUCGCUCUUCCUCUUCUACCUCGCCCAGAUGACGGCAUCCGGUCUUCACAUCGUCUACACGCAGGACGAGGUGGACGUGGUCCAGAAUCUCAUGUUCUACAUCGAGGCAGCGUACAAAGUGGCAGAUUAUGGGAUGUGGGAAAGAGGAGACAAAACCAACCAGGGCAUCAUUGAGAUCAACGCCAGCUCCAUCGGCAUGGCCAAGGCGGCUCUGGAGGCCUUGGACGACCUCAACCUGUUCGGGGCUAAAGGAGGACCUGGGUCUGUGGUGCACGCUCUGGCUGACGACAUCCAGCACUGCCAGUCCAUCCUGACCUCCAUGUUGCCCAGAGCCUCCAUCUCUAAGGAGGUGGACGCCGGCGUCCUGUCCAUCAUCUCGUAUCCGGCGUUCGCUGUCGAGGACAUGAACAUCGUCAACAUGACCAAGGAGGAGAUCAUCUCCAAACUCCAGGGUCGGUACGGCUGCUGCAGGUUCCUCCGAGACGGACACAAAACACCCAAAGAGGAUCCCAACCGGCUGUAUUACGAGUCUGCAGAGCUGAAGCUGUUCGAGAACAUCGAGUGCGAGUGGCCACUGUUCUGGACCUACCUCAUCCUGGACGGCAUUUUCAUCAACAGUCCUGAACAGGUGCAGGAAUACCAGGAAGCUCUGGAGGGAAUCCUGAUCAAACAGAAGGACGGGAUGCGACUGGUCCCGGAGCUCUACAGCGUCCCGGCGGACAAGGUGGAGGAGGAGAUCCUGAACCCUCACACUGUGGAGAGAGUCCCCAUGGGAAAGUGUCCUCUGAAGUGGGGACAGUCUCUGUACAUCCUGGGAAACCUUCUGUCUGAGGGUUUUCUUGCCCCCGGAGAGAUUGACCCUCUGAACCGCCGGUUCUCCACAGUCCCGAAGCCGGACGUGGUCGUACAGGUGUCCAUCCUGGCGGAGACGGAGGAGAUCAAACAGCUGCUGGUGAAGAACGGUAUCGAGGUGGAGACCGUGGCCGACAUCCAUCCCAUCCACGUGCAGCCCUCCAGAGUCCUGAGCCACAUCUACGCCCGACUAGGACGUAACCCGAGGCUGGGUCUGACGGGACGGCCCUACCGGAGAAUCGGAGUUCUGGGAACCUCCAAGUUCUACAUUAUCCGGAACACCAUGUUCUCAUUCACACCUCAGUUCAUCGACCACCAGCAGUUCUACUUGGCGUUGGACAACAAGAUGAUCGUGGAGAUGUUGAGGACGGAGAUCUCGUACCUCUCGUCCAGAUGGAGGAUGACGGGACGUCCCACCGUCACAUUUCCCAUUUCGCAGACGAUGCUGACCGAAGACCACACAGACCUGGACCCUGCCGUCUUGGCGACACUGAAGAAGUUACAGGAUGGAUACUACGGAGGAUCUAGGAUCCAGACGGGGAAGCUGUCGGAGUUCUUGACCACUUCCUGUUUCGCCCACCUCAGUUUCCUGGACGGUAAGGGUCCCGUCAGCAUGGGCCACGACCACGAGGAGUAUGAUGAGGGUAGCGACGAUGGACUCAUGCAUGAGUUACAUUAUGACGAUGAGGCCGACGACCUGGCUCAGUACCUGGACCACCUGUUGGCCCACGCCGGCCCGAAGAAGCCCAAGCAGCAGGUCGGCGGUCUGGGCAGGUUCAAGGCUGUCGCCACCAAGACCAAGGCGAUGGUGUCUCUGAUGAACAAGGCUCAGGAGCUCAACGUUCACAAUGUGAACAUGUACCUGCCGAACAAACUGUUCCACUCUCCUCAGCCGUCGCUCAACCUGAACCUGCCCGACUCGUCUGAGCCACAACAAACUCUGGCUCCGGACGUGCAGGUCACAGCGGAGAGCGGCGUUCCCAGAGAAGCCGGCGGAGGCAUCGAUUACGUCGCUUUGGUCCAGCUGCUGACCGACACGCAGAGUCUCCAGGACCAGGCGGACAUCCUCUUCAUCCUCUUCAAAGACAAGGGAAUGGACUGGGACACUCAGCUGCACGGCAAAGGCUCCACGGUGCGAUCGCUGCUGACCGACCUCUACGAGAAGGCGGGCGAUUUCAAGCUCUGGGGCCUCAUCAGGAUGAUCUCGGGAAUGCUGAGGAAGAAGGUGGAGGAGCUCGACUCGGCCUGCUCUGAUUUGCUGGCGCACCAGAAGCACCUGACGGUGGGUUUACCUCCGGAGCCCCGAGAGAAAGCCAUCACCGCUCCCAUUCCUCUGGACCAGCUGGCAACGCUCAUCGACGAGGCCAGCGACAACAACAUCAGCGUGGCCAUUCUCACUCAGGAGAUCAUGGUGUACCUGGCCAUGAGCAUCAGGACUCAGCCGGGUCUGUUCAGCGAGAUGUUCCGGCUCCGUAUCGGCCUCAUCAUCCAGGUCAUGGCCACCGAACUCGCCCAGUCGCUCAACUGCUCCGGAGAGGAGGCCACUGAGAGUCUGAUGAGCUUGAGUCCGUCGGAACUGAAGAAUCUGCUGCACCACAUCCUCAGCGGGAAAGAGUUUGGAGUCCAACGCAGCAUGCGAGAGAUGGACGUGGGCGUGAGUCCCGCCAUCUCCAUCCAUCACCUGGGCAACGUGGGCGCCACCAAGAGCGAGCGAGCCGGCAUCAGCAAACUGAAGAGCGACAUGAAGAUGCUGGAACACAGGUCGUCUCUGACGGAGCCGAGCAAGGCCGACCACAGGUUUUCCCUGACGGAUCCGUUCAAGGACCCCAGGCUUCCGUUAUCAGACCCUGUCACAGAGACGGACCGCAGGGGGUCGUUGACUGACUCGGUCAAGGGCGUCCGAUCUCAGUCGCUGGACAUAGGAAACAUCGAAUCCGGGAGGUACAGGCUGCCGUCCAUAGAAUCUCUGGACAUCCCCGAGUGCGUUCCGGUCUCCAGGGACACCAGACACGGCCAGUGGCUGCGCAGGAGGCGUCUGGACGGCGCCCUGAACCGAGUCCCCGUCGGGUUCUACCAGAAAGUCUGGAAGAUCCUGCAGAAGUGCCACGGUCUCUCCAUCGAGGGAUUCGUCCUUCCUUCUUCCACCACCAGAGAGAUGACGCCUGGAGAAAUCAAGUUCUCCGUCCACGUGGAGACGGUCCUGAAUCGCGUCCCUCAGCCCGAGUACCGGCAGCUGCUGGUGGAGGCCAUCCUGGUGCUCACCAUGCUGGCCGACGUGGACAUCCCGAGCAUCGGCUCCAUCAUCCACAUCGAGAAGAUCGUCCACCUGGCGAACGACAUGUUCUUCAAAGACCAGAUGGACCUGGGAGCGUCGGAGCAUAUCCUGGACCGCGACCCGUCCACCGGAGUGUGCCGGCUGCUGUACGACAGCGCCCCCAGUGGCCGCUUCGGGAGCAUGACCUACCUCACCAAGGCCGUGGCGGUGUACGUGCAGGACCUGCUGCCCAGCGGCUCGUGCGCCGUGCAGUGAGACGCCGCCGCCGGAACACCGCUCGACUGAAACUGUAAAAGCUGAGACACACAACAUUGUUACUUUAAAAUGAUAAUAUAAUAAUAAUAAUAAUAAUAUAAUAUGAAUGUGUGUUGACAGAAACCAGUUUAGCUGGAGGUUUUUUGAGAUACACGUUGGGAAAUUCUUUCCCCCUAGUUAGACGAUAAAAUGUAUGGUUUUUUGGAAGGCUAGCAGUUUCCUACUGCUCUCAGUCUUUGUGCUAAGCUAAGCUAACUGGCACAAAGAGCUUAUUUCCCUCUAAAAUAAAAUGAAGGUUCAUAAUAGGAUUGACGCAUAUUUUCACUACAUGCGUUUUGUUACUGAGCAUUUCAUUUAAAUUUGAAAAAACAGUCAUCGGAUCAAGCGGACACAUCGAACAACGGGUUUAGCAUCCUCGUCUCCAUGGCAACACAGAGACCGAAUCAUCUCCUCACUUACGGGAAUUCUAAAUUACAGAUUGAACACAAGAUUGUGUCGCGUGAGUCGGAGGAAGCACGAGACCUCGUGUCACUUUACCUCAGAUCCUUCCUGCUGUGUCAUGUAGAGAAUAAUCGUUAAUAUAAAAAGAAUUGAUCAAUCCAUCGACUAUUUAUUUAAUAUUUCUUAAACGAAAGAUGUUUGACGCCUUAACGUCGUCGCACUUUGUGUGAACGUUUGUUAGAUUUUAACUUUUCACUUGGAGCAAGUAUGAGACUUUUUCUUUUAUUGUGUGUUUUUGUUUUUGUUGGAAAUUAAAACUUUAAAGCAG